GAUGAUAAUGCAGGAUAAAUUGGAAAAAGAAAGAAAUGAUGCUAAGAAUGCAGUGGAAGAAUAUGUGUAUGAGUUCAGGGACAAGCUAUGUGGGCCCUAUGAAAAAUUCAUAUGUGAACAGGAACAUCAGAAUUUUUUGAGGCUCCUCACAGAGACUGAAGACUGGCUCUAUGAAGAAGGAGAAGAUCAGGCUAAACAAGCUUAUGUUGACAAAUUGGAAGAGUUAAUGAAAAUCGGCACUCCAGUUAAAGUCAGAUUUCAAGAAGCUGAGGAACGGCCAAAAAUGUUCGAAGAACUAGGACAGAGGCUGCAGCACUAUGCCAAGAUAGCAGUUGAUUUCAGAAGCAAGGAUGAGAAAUACAACCAUAUUGAUGAGUCUGAAAUGAAAAAGGUUGAGAAGUCUGUUAAUGAAAUGAUGGAGUGGAUGAAUAAUGUCAUGAAUGCUCAGGCUAAAAAGAGCCUUGAUCAGGAUCCAGUUGUACGUGCUCAUGAAAUAAAAGCAAAAAUCAGGGAGUUGAACAAUGCUUGUGAACCUGUUGUAACACAACCCAAACCAAAAAUUGAAUCACCCAAACUGGAAAGAACUCCAAAUGGCCCAAAUAUGGACAAAAAGGAAGAAGAUUUGGAAGACAAAAAUAAUUUUGGUGCUGAACCUCCACAUCAGAAUGGUGAAUGUUACCCUAAUGAGAAGAGUUCUGUUAAUAUGGACUUGGACUAGAUGACGUUAAAUUGGGUUAUUCCUUCAACUAAUGAAAUAUUUUUGUCAUAGUAUGUGAUUCUACAUAACAGACUGAGACUAUUUAUAUUUUCUUUUUUAAGGAUGUCUAGAAAUUUUGUGUAUCAUAUGGAAACAGAAAAAGCUUAAGUCUGUAGUCUUUAUGAUCCUAAAAGGGAAAAUUGCCUUGGUAACUUUCAGAUUCCUGUGGAAUUGUGAAUCCAUACUGAGCUUCUGUGCAGUAUUACCAUUCGCAUCUCUGAGAGUGAAUUGACUUUUGUCUUUUGGAGAAACAAACUGUACUGCUCGUUCAAGAGGGUUGUGAUUAAAAUCUUUAAGCAUUCGUUCUUGCCAAGGUAGUUUUCUUGCAUUUUGCUCUCCAUUUCAGCAUGUGUGUGGUGUGGAUGUUUAUAAAUAAGACUAAGUCUGAUUUCAUAAGGGCUUUCAGAAAUUCUGUCCAAUAGAAUGAUUUUGCUUUCCUAUUAAAUUUCAGUGAGUAAAACAAAAGCUAGUGAAAUGUGUUAGCAGCAUGCAAACAAAACUUAACAAUUCUUUCUCACUUUAAAAGUACAUUGUCAUGUGAAGGUGUGAAAUGGAAUAAAUACUGAUCCUGUUGUAACUGAUUGUGAAAACUUGAUGAGCUUUAAAAUAAAGUUCAUCCCAU